AUGCAGUACGUACGGAAUCUCAGCGCCUCCGUCUCUUCGACAUGGAACUCCAUAAACCCGGCAACCCUCAGUGGCGCCAUCGAUGUCAUCGUCAUUGAGCGGGAAGACGGCUCUCUCAACUGUUCGCCCUUUCACGUGCGCUUCGGAAAGUUCUCUUUGUUGAGGCCCUACGAGAAGAAGGUUGAAUUCAAGGUCAACGGAGUCAAACAACCCUAUUCCAUGAAACUCGGCGAGGAGGGAGAGGCCUUCUUCGUCUUCGAGACGAGCGAUACUAUCCCGAGGGAUCUGCAGACUUCGCCCUUGGUCUCCCCAGCGUCAAGCCCUCCCUUGAACCCGGAGAACCCCUCUUCACCUGGACUCGGCGAGCCAGAGCUGCUGGACCUGGAUUCCGAGGCUUCCAAACCUCGACGACCGCCUCCAUCUGUCCUUCACGCUGCAACAUUCGGACCCGGACCCCAUGGGCUGGACACGCCUCUAUCCACAUCCCCCGACCUUUCAUCCCACGCACGACUGAGAUCGGAAGACUGGGAUUCCUCAGCCGCCCAGCGCCCUUACAGCGAUGAUGUCCUACGUAAAUCAGCUCGAACGAGCGACCGAGUAUUCGGCGAAGGCCUUACCGAUUUUGCCAUGUCCGAGCGAUCACAAAGCCCUCCUCCGUUGGCACCCAAGGAAGCGCUCGAACGGGCUCUCAUGCUCUCCAAGGAGCUGUCAGCCAACAACAUCCCCAGCCAUGUGACCGAGAGCGGCGACCUUAUGCUUGAUAUGACUGGUUUCAAGAGCAACGAAGAAGAUAUAUUCCGUGCCGAGAUUCUUGCGCGAAAGAUUCUCUCCGAGGAGCUCGAGGGCCCAUAUGACAUUGGUUCACUUUUUGGUAUGGACGAGCACGGAAAUAUCUGGAUCUACAGCAGCGAGGAGGCCAAAGAGGCUGCGAAGAAGAAGACCAUGGAAGCUGGCUACCGCCUUCAUUCCGUCAUUGCGGCGGAUGCUGCGUCUGACCCUGGGUACCAGAGCGACGGUAGCGAUGUUACCACCACCGUGCCUCCUCCGAACCACCGCAGGACCGAGUCAGACGCCGGUGCUUCUGGCCUACACACUCCUCCCACUACGCCUCCUCAUUCGACGGCUGGUGACCCGAAUUUGAAUUACGCAAAGACGCUGCGGUUGACUAGUGAUCAGCUGAAAGACCUGUGUCUGAAGCCUGGAGAGAACACCAUGAGCUUCACCGUCAACAGGGCAACGUGCCAGGCCAACAUGUACCUGUGGAGGCAUGAGACGCCCGUUGUCAUCUCAGACAUUGACGGCACGAUUACCAAGUCGGAUGCCCUGGGCCACGUUCUCAACAUGAUUGGCCGUGACUGGACGCACGCCGGAGUCGCGAAACUCUACAGUGACAUUGUCGCAAACGGGUACAACAUCAUGUACCUGACCAGUCGAUCAGUGGGUCAGUCCGAUACGACCAGGGCUUAUCUCGCCGGUAUUCAGCAGGGAGAAUACCGAGUGCCGCGGGGCCCUACCAUCUUGUCCCCGGAUCGGACCAUGGCCGCCCUCCGCCGUGAGGUCUACCUUAGGAAACCCGAGGUUUUCAAGAUGGCCACACUUCGGGAUAUCCGAAAUUUGUACGGCCCUGAUCGGACACCAUUCUUUGCUGGAUUUGGAAACCGUCUCACGGACCAGAUCUCGUACAGGACAGUGGAUGUUCCUAAGAAACGUAUCUUUACCAUCAACUCCAAUGCUGAGGUCUCCCUCGACUUGCUCACGUUGAACAAACUCAAGCUGAGUUAUAUCAACAUCAAUGAGGUUGUAGAUCACUUCUUCCCACCCGUCAGCACUCUGGUCAAGGGUGGUGGAGAAGAGUACACGGAUUUCUCAUACUGGAGAGAUACUCCGUUGGAUUUGGAUGAAUUCUCUGCGAGCGACACAGAUGACGAUAAUGAGCAAGCUGAUCUGGAAGAAGAUGUCGAUGAUGACGAGGAGAUUGGUGAUGAGAUGGGACAGAGCUACAUUUCCCGAGACUCGGUCGACGAUUACGGUGACGAACGCGAAAGCAUCCUCAGUGGAAGCAUCGACGGCGAUGACCAGCUGGCCGCCUCCAUCAUGGAGGACGACGACGCCGACGAUGAAGAAGCCGAAGACGACGAGGACGACGAAGAAGACGAAAUGGCUGAGCUCGAAGUGCGGAAACAACGCGAGCGAACUCCUCAGCCCAUUAGCAAGGAAACCAAGUCUUCCACGCCGGCACAAAUGAUGCUUGUGGAAGACAUUGGCGCCGAGUUGAUCACUGGGGUAAAUCAUCUCGCCCUUGAAAAAGGUGUGCAGAAAUAG